CUGGACUCUGCAAUCUGUAGCAGCCGCGUAGCUGUCAGCAGAGAUGGCCGAGGUUUUCCAGCAAGCUCUGACUUGUUCCGUCUGCCUCGAUGUGUUUACUGAGCCGGUGCUGCUUAGAUGUGGGCACUGCUUCUGCCAGAAAUGCAUCACAUCCUCCUGGGACAGCCGAGGGGGAGCUCCUAGCUGCCCUGACUGCCGGGCCCCCUGUCCUGACAGAAAUUUCACACCCAACCGCUUGCUGAGAAACUUGGCCCAAAAGGCAAGAGAGGCCCAAGACGAGGUACCCAAGGAGAAAGCGCAGGAAGACCCAGAAAAUCAUGGGGAGGCGCCGACAGACAGCAAAAGGCCAGGUGCUGAGCAGGGGUUGCUCUGCGCACAACACAAUUGCACUUUGCAGCUCUUCUGCCUCAUCGAUGAGGACCCCGUUUGUUUCUGCUGUGUGGAUUCGCCUGCCCAUGCCGGACACAAGUUCAGCUCCUUGAAAGACUCUGCUGAGCACUACAAGUGGAAGCUGGACAAGGUUCUGGGUUGCCUGGAAACCAGAAUUAAACAACAGGAGCAGCAGGAAGGAUGCCAAGAAGAAAACAUACGUUCCUUGAGAGUAAGAGGCAAUAAUUCCUAG